UAAGACGUGAAAACAAACGUCGUCGUAUGACAAACAACCGACUCAUUUCAUUUCUUCGUUUUGCUUCGUGUUCCAUACUGCUUUCUGAUGAUCGCCAGUAGACACACGCACACUCGUCAUUUUCACCUCCUCCUCCUCCUCCUCCAAAUCUACCUAGGGUUUCCUGAGUGUUCUAGAAGCUUCCUCAAAUGGAUUCAUCACUCUGUUUCCAUGACGGCAACAUCACUAACUUGAUCAACAAACGUUACCUCGACGUUCGUCACGACUCCAGUCAUGGAUUACAAAUGCACUCCUCUUUGGUGGAAAGAAUGGCUCUAGAAAGAGAACUAGAGGGGCACCAGGGUUGCGUGAAUGCGAUAGCUUGGAACUCAAAAGGCUCCCUUUUGAUAUCUGGAUCAGAUGAUACAAAAAUGAAUAUCUGGAGUUACUCAAGCUGCAAACUUUUGCAUUCCAUUGAGACCGGUCACAGUGCCAACAUAUUCUGCACAAAAUUUGUUCCAGAAACCUCUGAUGAUCUAGUUGUUUCUGGAGCAGGAGAUGCUGAAGUUCGUCUUUUUCAUUUGUCUCAUCUAAAGGGAAGAGGUCGCGAAGACAAUGCUGUGACUCCAUCGGCACUAUUUCAGUGUCAUACCAGGAGGGUCAAAAAAAUAGCUGUUGAAGUUGGGAAUCCUCAUGUAGUAUGGAGUGCUAGUGAAGAUGGGACAGUGAGGCAGCAUGACUUUCGGGAGGGUGCAUCUUGUCCCCCAGCUGGUUCUUCUCGUCAAGAAUGUCGUAAUAUACUUCUUGACUUACGCUGUGGAGCUAAGAAAUCAUUAGCUGAUCCUCCUAGACAGUUGUUUGCUCUGAAGUCAUGUGAUAUUAGCUCCACGAGGCCGCAUUUGCUUAUUGUUGGUGGAAGUGAUGCUUUUGCUCGGUUGUACGAUAGGAGAAUGCUACCUCCAUUAUCCUCAAGUCAGAAAAAGCUGCCACCUCCACCUUGUGUCAGCUAUUUCUGCCCAAUGCAUCUUUCUGACAGUGGACGUACUAGCUUGCAUCUAACUCACGUCGCAUUUAGUCCCAAUGGAGAAGAGGUUUUGCUUAGCUAUAGUGGAGAACAUGUAUACUUGAUGGAUGUGAAUCCUGCACAUGGAAGUUCUAUGUCAUAUAACUCCGGAGACGUGUCAAACCUGAUCAAUUUUGCUCCCUUGCCUAAUGGAAUCGAUUUGCAAUCAUCAGUUAGUGGAAUCUUUUUGAAUGGUUCUUCAUCGAAACGAAUUCCAGCUACCAAGCUAGAAAAGUGCAAAAAAUUGAUUCAGAUGGCAGUGAAGUCCUUGAAAGAGGAUUCCAACUUUUAUUAUGGGAUAGAAGCUUGUAAUGAAGUCUUAGACGGUUGCAGGGAUGACAUUGGUCCCCUUCUAACCUUCGAAUGUUUAUGCACUCGUGCCUCAAUAUUGCUGAAGAGGAAGUGGAAAAAUGAUGCACAUAUGGCUAUACGAGACUGUCAUAGAGCUAGAAAGCUCAAUUCAUCUUCCUUUAGGCCUCUUCUUUUGAUUGCUGAUGCUCUUUCACAGUUGGGUAAACAUAAAGAAGCAUUGGAGUUUGCUAUUGGCGCUCAGUCCUUGGCUCCAUCUGAUUCUGAAGUUGCACUAAAGGUGGAGAGUAUAAAAGAACAUAUUGCUGCAGCUGAAGCUGACAAAAUAAAUAAGGCAAAUGGAGGAGAAUCUAGGUCUGAUCCCCGGGCAGGAAGAGUAUUAUCCCUAAGUGACAUACUUUAUCGUUCAGACACAAACAGUGAUGCGUCGCCAGAUGGUCCCAGGUCUGAAAGAGAUGAUUCUGAUGAUGAUGAUGAGUUAGAAUUGGCUUUUGAAACAUCAAUAUCUGGUGAUGAAGGACGGGAUGUUGAUCCUAAUGUCCUCCACGGAAGUUUGAACUUAAGAAUUCAUAGGAGAGGUGAUUCCACUGGGGAGACUGGAUGGGCGAAUGGUUCUUGUGGUUCGCCAACCUCUAGUCAAAAAGAGAAAGCAGCGUACCAGCCUGAAGCAGCAAUAGAUAUGAAGCGAAGAUAUGUUGGUCAUUGCAACGUAGGCACUGACAUCAAACAGGCGAGCUUUCUUGGUGAACGAGGUGAAUAUAUUGCUAGUGGAAGUGAUGAUGGCAGAUGGUUUAUUUGGGAGAAAAGAACUGGUAGAUUGAUAAAAAUGCUUCAUGGAGAUGAAGCUGUUGUAAAUUGUGUACAGUGCCACCCAUAUGAUUGCAUUGUGGCUACAAGUGGAAUUGAUAGCACCAUUAAGAUUUGGACUCCGACUGCUUCUGUCCCUUCCCUCGUGGCUGGUGGAGCUGCAGGACCAGAGACUUCCAAUGUGCUAGAUGCAAUGGAAAGUAAUCAACGCAGAUUGUGCCGCACGCGUGAAGCUGUCUUGCCUUUUGAGUUUUUGGAGCGAUUUAGGAUGCAUGAGUUUACAGAGGGCAGCUUACAUCCAUUUGAAUGCACGCAAAGCUGAGAAUUUUAACCUGAUUCUCUUAGAUACUGAUGCCUGGAUAGGAAGGUUAUCUGUUGGACAAGCUGGCUUGGGAAGGAGGAAAAGAGUGGAAUGUAUAGUUGAGCGAGACGAUUGAAAAUUUUUGGGUCUCGAACCAGCUGAAGUUUGAUGCAGUUGUAAUUUUGUAAUUUGGUCUCGCUGUAUCAUAUUCUAAUUUUCUUCUCUAUUGUCCUUGCAACUCUGUAAAUAAUAUCUCGGUCUUUUACUUUACAUAGUAAUAAAUUUAAGGUAAAA